AUGGAGCAUCCUAUUCUUUAUGCAGCGGAGUAUGGCCAUGCGGAGCUUGUCCGGUAUCUUCUCAACGCGGGCGCAGGAUCAGACUUUGAGAACAAUCUGGGUGAAACACCUAUACAUCUAGCAGCGAGACAUGGAUUUCUCUCAAUUAUCGAGGUUCUGCUUAACGAGGGAGGGUCGAAGGUCUCCAGGCUUGACACCAAUUUCACCCUAGCACCUAUCAAAGAGGCUGCGAUGAACGGACACAUGCAAGUGGUCGAAUAUCUACUGCCAAAUACUCCAAAUAACCAGGACUAUGCUUCAUCGUUGCUUCCAUUUGCCGCUGGUUCUGGAAACAUAGCACUUGUAUCAAUGCUCCUCGAUUUAGGAGCACAGAUCAACCAUAAAUAUGUGGAACGACAUACGCCUCGGAAAGCUCUUAAUUCACCAGGACGAGGUUAUGAAUCAACCGCGUUAUCAGUUGCAGUCAGUCACGGCGAUCUAGCCAUGGUGAAUCAUUUGCUUAACCAUGGCGCAGACGUGAACCUUGGUUCGGGAUUUUCUAGUUCCCAGGAAACUUCUUUGUAUACGGCCCUUGAUAAGAACUACAACGAGAUCUGUAUGACCCUUUUAGCUCAUGGAGCCGACAUCGAUAAUGGACACGUCCUUGAAGCCAUCCUGCAACGAAACAAGAUAGCACUAGAAAUGCUCCUCGCCAAACACAAGAUGGACGAAUGCCCAAUCAACCUCCUGGAAGAAGCAGCAGCGACCGGAGAUACAGCAAUAUUCCAAAUCCUCUUCAAUGCAGGAUUCAACGAGGAAGCAGCCCUUCUAGAAGCCAUCAACCGCGACAAGGAAGACAUCGUCACCCACCUUCUAGCAUGCGGAGCGAACGUUGACUUGCCAAGUCUUCGUCAAAGUGCAGUGGGGGUAGUAAUCGCGAAUCGCCAUGUUGGAAUUAUGAGGGCAUUACUGAGCCAUGGGGCUCGUGCUUACCCGGAGGAUUUGAAAGCUGCUAGACUCUUUGCUCCCGAGUAUAUCGUGAAGCUAGCAGAGGAGUUCCCUGUUCAUUCUCGCAGCAAGCGAGAUAUGUAUCCUGAGCCGUUUGUUUUGUAUAAAGCCUGGCAAGAGUCGCAGGAGGGGUGGCGGUCGGUGGAUCAGGAUUGGGGUUCAACGAGGAGGAGGCUUUGGUGA